GUUAGAUAGUGGAGUGGAGGCAGGGGUAUUGCUGUGUGCAGCCAGCCAGCCAGUCAGUCAGUCAGUCAUGGGAUGGACGAGUGAGACUUGUGUACCCACGGCUGCUUACUGGCUGGAGCUAGACCAGGGGGAGGAGUGUCUCUGCCCUGCCUGAGAGAGAGAGUAAAAGAGAGAGAGAGGGAGGUGGAGAGGAAGAGCAGAGCGUGAGAGAAACGGGACUGAAUCCGCUCCACAGAAGAGAGAGAAGGAGCAGAGAGAAACAGAGAGAGAGGGAGUUAGAGAAACAAGGCUGAAUCAGCUCCACAGAAGAGGGAGAGAGAGAGGCUGGGUCUCUGCAUCGGUAUGCCUGCUCCUCCUGUUCUCCCACUCCACACGCCGCUGCUGCCCUUCUGAGUAGACCCGAACUCUGUUUGAAAUGCCAAUCACCUCCUUGAGGCUGCUCCUUCAUCCUCAUUCAUUUAUAUUUAUACUCGCCGUUCACCGGCGUGAGGGAGACCUGGAGUGCUUGAGAUUUUCGUGGAAGAGAAUUUCUGCUGAAGUUGCUGUGAAGAGAUUACUGGGUGGUUUCGGCUCUUUGGACUCAAUCCGCCUGAUCUUUCCGUGUUUGGUGAGGGCACAAAGUCUCUGGUAACAUCGGACUCUAUAACUUGUGACUGCAUUUUUUUGAGACAUACAGGAAUUCCUGUAAGCCAAGACGAUCAAACUUGUUUGACAGUUUUAUAUUUUUUCGCUGCUACUCUUGCAGGGCAGGCACACUGAGGAGAGAACCAGAGGAGUAGGAGGAGAGGCUGCCAGAGUAUUUGUCCUCCGCUAUCUGUGUGCGUCUGUGUGAUUGAACCUUCUGUGUCUGCACAGUGAGGGGUGCCCUGGGGGACUCCCAGACCCUUGUCGUAGACGAGGGCUAGUCCUCACAUUGCUGCUGACAUGGCAGAGGGUACACGGCUACUCUCUCUCAGCCACCAGCCUGAUCUGCAGCUGAGCUUGGACCAGGAAUAGGACCAGGACUAGCUACUGACCAGCCCCAGCCAAGCCCCCUGUCUCUGAGUCUAGGAUCAGACCAGACAAGGAUAUUUCUGGAGCCUCCUGCCCUCUGCCAGUUGAUCUGGUUUCAGACCAGGGGCUUUCAGAAGGCUGCAAGAUGAUGAACUCUUCCCUGGACCUGCUGGAGCUUGAGCUCCUGAACCUGAGCGGCCCUCCUUUCUGCCUCCUGGACGUGGGCUACAGCCAGAUCUUAAACACCUGUCUACUGGAGGUAACCAUCAUCCUGCUGCUUACCGUUCUCAUCAUCUCUGGCAACCUGGUGGUGAUCUUUGUGUUCCACUGUGCUCCUCUUCUCCACCACCACACCACCAGUGCCUUCAUCCAGACCAUGGCCUACGCAGACCUGUUGGUGGGGGUCAGCUGCCUCAUCCCCUCCCUGUCCCUCCUCCACCACCUGAAAGGCCUAGACGAGGAGCUGACCUGUAAGGUGUUUGGUUACAUGGUUUCCGUGUUGAAGAGCGUUUCCAUGGCAUCACUGGCGUGUGUUAGCGUGGACCGCUACAUGGCGAUAACGCGGCCGCUGUCGUACGCUACCUUGGUGACACCGUGCCGGAUCCGCGUAUGCAUCCUCCUUAUCUGGCUCUACUCCGCCCUUGUUUUCCUGCCCUCCUUCUUCGGCUGGGGGAAGCCCGGCUACCACGGCGACGUGGUGGAAUGGUGCGCGUUGGCGUGGGAGACGAGGCCGCUCUUCACAUCGUUCAUCGUGGCGCUGCUCUACGCGCCGGCCGCCAUGACGGUCUGCUUCACCUACGUCAACAUCUUCCGGAUCUGCCGGCAGCACACGAGGGAGAUCAGUGAGCGCCGUGCCCGCUUUGGCCCACAGGAAGGCUCUCUGGGACAGGACGGCCAGCCGCAGCAAGCGCCGGCAUGCACGGACAAACGCUACGCCAUGGUGCUGUUCCGCAUCACCAGCAUCUUCUACCUCCUCUGGCUUCCCUAUAUCCUGUACUUCCUGCUGGAGAGCGCUAGAAUCUACCGUCAUCCCGCCGCCUCGUUCAUCACCACCUGGCUGGCUAUCAGCAACAGCUUCUUUAACUGUCUGAUCUAUAGUCUGUCCAACAGUGCCUUCCGGAAGGGUUUAAAGCGCCUCUGUUCGUUCUGCGUGCAGCGCGUGGACAGUAAGAAGUCCUUUGGCCCCGCACCGGGGCACGGACAGGGGCCCGUCUGCACACGCUCCACAUGCCACGUUUAGAACCUCCCAGAGACCCGUGUUGAGCCAGAGUGAUGUGUUGUUAUAGCACUAAGCAUGUCCUAUACUGAUGCUGAGCUAAAGGGAACAGGCUUCACAGGGAGUUGUGUUGCUGCAGAUGUUGCGGCUGUUUCUUGACAGUUGAAGGUUUGUUGGAGGGUUAUGUCCCUGGCCACAGCUGCCGCUGACUGGAUCGUCUCCAGAGCAUGAGACCCGCUUGGGAAGUACAGCCCAGACUCAGCCAUGCGAGAGGGAGGACAGGGAGGAGAGGUGGGAGUUGGAGGAGGAGGGACGUGGAGUUACCCUAACCUUUGACUCCUGAUAUGGAUGACGUAGCUAUGGCUAUGAUGUUUCAGCGUUGGAGAGUUGAGGUUGAUUGAAGACCUCCCUUCUGACAGUACUUGCCGAAAACACAAACUGUAAGAACACAUGUUCUUUUAGGGGGAUGUUUUUUUCUGAGACUCUAUCUUCCUAUCAGUUUGUGAAACAAUUUGUAUUUUUGCCAUGACUUCAAUGUAUUGAAUGCAAAAAAGGACUCACAUUAUUUAAAGGUCCAGUGCAGUCAAAAUUAAGUUUUUACCGGUGUACA